UCUCCCACCGGCCACGAUUCCUCCCCUUCCAGUUCCAGCCUCCACGAAUCUCUCUCUCCCAUCCCAAAUGCUUCUACACCGCCACCGCCUCGUCCCAAUCCCAUACCACCAUGACAACCCAUCCCACCGAUCGCCCGCCCAUGGACGACGACGACCCGUCCGCCGCCACCGCCUCUUCCUCCCCCACCUACGACGACACCUUCUUCGAUGUCCUUGAUUCGCUUCCCUCCCCCUUCCCUUCCCCUUCCCCUUCCCCUUCCCCUCCCCACGCUCCCUCCUCCUCCACCCUCCGCCGCCGCCGCCGCCGUGCAAAAAUUCAAAAGCAACCCGACCCCGUCCCCUCCGCUUCUCCCUCGGUCUCCGAAGCCACCUCCACCGUCACAGCCGUCGAAGACGAACCUCUCAAGCCUGACUCAUCCGAGGCCACCAGCGCCGCCCCCCGCACUGAUCCGCCCCCCGUGGAGGAGGAAGGGGAGGAGGAUGAGGAGGCGCUUGAGAAGGCCAAGGAUGCUGAUGUUGAGGCGCCUGUUCCUGCGCCGACACCAUCGCCGGCCCCGAGCAUUCUCGAGUACCUCGCCGUGCUCGUCGUUAAGGCGGUGGUCUUCCAGGUCAGCGCGCUCAUCAGCUGCCUAACGUUCCCGGUCCGGCUGCUGCAAUGGUGGUUCCUCUUCGUGACCGACCCGCUCGGUCUGGCCCGGCGAGCGAGGGCGUGGGCGCUCGGUUUGGCUGGGGACGCCGCGGGCGCUCUGACCGCGCGGCUUGGAGGUGGGGAUGGCGUGGGGAAGGUGGCGCAGAGGCUGUUGUGGGGGUCGCUCUGGGCUGUGUACGUCUGUGUGGUUCUGUGUGCGCUGCUGGUUAUGGCGUUCCUGGGAGGGGGGCUCUUGGUGGGAAGAAUUGUGGAGAAGCCUGUUCAGGUGACUGAGACCCUGAACUUCGAUUACACCAAGCCUAGCCCAAUGGCGUUUGUAUCGGUGCCGCGGUUGGUGCCGCCAAAUCAGCGAAUGCAGCUUGAGGUAUCCCUGACACUGCCGGAGUCUGAUUACAACCGGAGGCUCGGUGUUUUCCAGGUAAAGGCAGAGUUCCUAUCUGCAGAUGGCAAAGUGAUCUCAACAUCGAGUCAACCAUGCAUGCUAAAGUUCAAGAGCGCUCACAUGCACUUCAUAGAGACAUUUCUCCGAAGUGUUUCCCUCUUGUCUGGCUACUCCUCAGAAUCCCAGGUUAUUAGACUAAAAAUGAGGGGUAUCACUGAGGGUCUGGAACCAACAACUGGUGUGAGGAUAGUCCUGGGACAAAGAGCAGAGUUUGGUCCUGGUGCGGGCAUCCCGGAGAUCUAUGCUGCAUCACUCAAGCUUGAGGCUGAACUCCCUCUUUUCAAGAGGUUACUCUGGAACUGGAGGUGGACCCUUUUUGUUUGGAGCAGUAUGGGGCUCUUUCUUUUCGAAUUGCUGUUUACACUUGUGUGCUGUAGACCUUGUAUAUUUCCCAGGAGCGGACACAAUGUUGCUGCUCCGUAGUCUUUAACUCAUGUAAUGUACAACUCCAAAAUAAAUGAAAAAGAUCGUGUUGAUGUGGUGUCAUGGACCACUGGCCA